AGGUUUGAUUCAACAUGAGCAGUUUGGUCAGUAUAGCACAGAUCCUAGCCACACUUCUCGUCCACAUUCCACUGACAGAGGUCUCAGACCCUCUAAGCAUGGCCCACUCCAAAGUGAUAUUAUUUCAUGAUGUAUGGCAUCGGAGUGUUUGUCGUCCAAUGGAAAGGCUGGUGGAGGUGGAGAAGGAAUAUCCAGGGGUUGUGGAGCACAUCUUCACACCUCGCUGUGUACCUCUUCAUCGCUGUGCGGGCUGUUGUAAUGAUGAAAUUUUAGAAUGUUCCCCUACCCUCACUCACAAUGUCACAAUACAGCUGUUAAGAAUAAGCCCAGUAAAGAGGACGCAGCAGUAUGUAGAACUUUCAUUUUUAGAGCAUCACUCAUGUGAGUGCAGACCUAACCGGAAUCACAUGAAAUAUGAGAGACAGAGGCUAAGCAGGCCAUACAGCGGAAGAAAAGGGAAAAAAAGGAAGAAAGGAAACAGAAAACAAUAG